AACCCUGCCUGUCACAUUUUUUGCAUGAGUAGCUCGUAAAAGUGCUCCAGUUGUGGAUCUCUCUCCCUCUCUCUCUUUCUCCUUCUCUCUGGAGGUGGGGGCAGAGAGGUAUUAGCCGUGCGCCGCAGACAUCAUUAGGAGGGGAGACGCUUUUCCACCGUCAGCGCCGGAGCGCGGAGCAGAGCAGGGGAGCCCUGGCAACAAAAAGACACACUAACCCAGCAGCCCGUUACACCCCACGGGAAUGUUGGCUGUAGCAACAGACGGACAAACUUAAAAGGACAGAAAGACUUUUGAGUUUUUUCUCCUCCACUCCUGGAGAGAUUCAGCCUUUCAUAUCAGUCAACGUAAAGCUCCUGGUAAUCGUCCGCUCCCAGCUGAGCCGGACGCUCCACAUUCUUGGCCCACGUAGCUUUGACUCCUCUGCUCAGGUUUCCUCUCAGUGUGGGAAGACUUUCUUUUGGAGGGAAAUGAUUCCACAUGAAGUACAACACACUCGGCCCCCCAUCAUCCUCUGCAGCAGCAGCAGGCAUAAUAUUGUGACGCUCUGCCCUACCAGACUAGGCUCUCCCCUCAGCCACUAAAGGUUCCUGGACAGAUCAGGCCGCCCCACUCCUCCCAUUAACUACCCACCCAUAUCUUCUUUUCAAACCCUCACCUGUCAGUUUUGAACAUUUUUUUUAUUCAAGUGAAAUGGAAAUUGACAUUGAUUAAUAAUCUGAAAAAAGAAUUAAGCAUUAAAAGUAAAAAAAAAAGAUCUAAGGAAAGUGAACAGGACGGUCAGAGUUCAAGUGAAAAAAAACAACAAAAGAAAAGGGUAUUGGAGCACAGCUAGAGAGAGGAUAAAGCAAGUGUAGUUGGGAGACUUGAGGUAAAAUUGAACAUGAAGUCCAACCAGGAGCGCAGCAAUGAAUGUCUGCCACCCAAAAAGAGGGGCACGUCCAGCACGUUACCACCUGAGAGUCGCUCUCCUGCUAUACCACCUGUUAGCGACAGGUCUGAGAACUCUGCCUGCUAUGUCUCUGUUGCUGGUGGAAAUGAAAGCAGUACUGGUGCACAUCAUAGCUCUAAUAAAACGGAUGGGCCCCUGUAUAAAUCCCCCUCCACCUUAUCAGACUCUUCCUCCUCCUCUUCGUCUUUGAGGCUAGUAUCAUCUCUUCCCACGGUGUAUACAUCCCCCCUAUCGCAGUCCACAAUAGGAGGAACAGUCCAUUACGCACAACUGCCUCCCAAUAUGCAGUUCAUCGCCUCAUCCUACACUACUCCAUAUACGAGCUAUAUUUCCCCUCAGAUACUCCCCCCUCCUCCUCCCCCUCCCCCCUCCUCUUCAGCCACACAGAGACACUCAUACACAGAGACGUUACCUGCUCCAUCGCUGGCCUCCAAACAGGACCAUCGAGCAUCCGCUGGGCGAACCUCCAUGCCUCCUCCUUCUACGGACCCUUAUCCCCACCAUAUUCAGAUGUCAACAUCUCCAAGGACUGUGUCUUCGCCUCAUCACCAAGGAGGAACUCAUCUACCUUCCCAGUCCAUUCAUCCCCACAAAUAUAACGAUGGGUACAGCAGAAAGGAGGAAGGUACCAGACCCAGAGAGCUCCACAACGGUGAGCUGGAGAGGGGUAGGAGGUUUGGACACUCAUCAGAGUCUGGCCUCUCGAAGUUGGGAGUAAAAUUAAGGGAGGAGAGGUCCUCCUUGUCUUCCUUCGAGGCCCGUCAUCUGGUUCUGCCAUCAGAGUACUCUACUCAUGAUCACUUAGGCUUGAGAACCUCUGUCAUGUUAAUGCCUAAUAGCCAUGGGGACCACCAGCUGGUACCACCCAGAGGCAGCUCUGAGAAGCUGAAAGCUUCUUCCCCUGCACACCUGGAGCGAGGCAGCAUGGGUAAGCCUGUCAGUCGCCCGCCCUCCUCAUCCAACAGCACCUGCUCUUUCACUUUUCCACCUACACAUAGUGCAGACAGCCUGAAAGCAGCUGUUAGCACGCUGCCACCCCAGACUGUUAUUCAGACCACCCACAACACCUCAGAGCCACUGUCAUUGGGACUCCCUUCGACAAGCAUCUACCCACAGCAACCUCUAAUUGGUUACCUUACAGGGGGCAGUGGGAGCAGCUACCACACCGGCCUACAGCAACAUUUGCUCAUUCCAGGCAGUCAACCAGUCAUCAUCCCAGUUAGUGGCGGUGGCGUCCCCACACUGGAGCCUGUAACCUCUCACAUUACAUCAUCAACCCAAGCGGCACCUUUUCCAGCUACACUCCCACACACAUACAUCGCUGCCACUGCCCCAAAAGGAGAAACUCUGGAAACCCAAAGUGGCUCCUUCCAUGUUGCUGUCCCAGGCGCAGUGGUUCAAGCCCAGCUCCAUCUCCCCAUCGUCUCUGCUCCUCCAGGGCUAGUUGCAGCUUCCACUCCUCCAACCCAUUCAAGUACAGCAGGGCCUCCCUCACUCCCACCAUAUUUUAUCAAGGGUUCCAUCAUCCAACUGGCAGACGGCGAGCUGAAGCGCGUGGAGGACCUGAAGACAGAGGACUUCAUCCAGAGCGCAGAGAUCAGCAGUGAGCUGAAGAUUGAUUCAUCCACAGUGGAGCGCAUUGAAGGCAGCCACACCUCACCUAACUUUGCUGUUGUUCAGUUCUCCGUUGGGGAACAUCGUACACAGGUCAGUGUGGAGGUGUUGCUUGAGUAUCCCUUCUUCGUGUUUGGCCAAGGAUGGUCAUCAUGUUGUCCAGACCGGACCACUCAGCUUCUGGAGCUGCCUUGUACAAAGCUUUCUGUAGGUGAUGUUUGUAUCUCACUUACUCUCAAGAACAUGAAGAAUGGAUCUCUGAAGAAGACGCAAUCUCCAGAACGAGGCAACAACGCUUCAGUCGCUCACUCCAGCCACGCUAAAACCGCCAGAGCCAUCUCAGAAGCAUCCCAGAGCUGCAGUGUGGGAAAUCCCAGGCCCAGAGAACGCGAGAACGGGAUCCGCCAGCAGGGAAGCACUGAAAGCAGGAAUGGGAGUGGAGAGGACAGCAGAGUAGAAAACGGAGAUCUUACGUUUGUGGAAAGAGCUCAGGUUGCCGGAAACAAAGACAUCAGCUCCAGUAAGCCGCCAGGGAGCAGGAAGCGAAGGUGGUCUGCACCUGAAGGUCGAAAAGUAGAAAAAUCAGAGGAGGAGCCCCCUUUGACCUUGCCCAAACCUUCCUUCAUUCCUCACGAGUUAAAAGUCAGCAUUGAGGGAAGGUCAAAUAUUGGGAAGUGAAAAGAGAGCAGGACUGUUAAAACACUUGGGAUUACAAAAUAAACAAAAAGAAAAAAA